GACGGGCGCGCGCGCGCACGCACACACACAUACACGCACACACACACACACAUAUACACAAGCUGGGUCUUCCACUGAGCGGCACACAUCUACCUUCCACCCCUCGGGAACCGCGACUUUUUUACUCCCUCCUAAGCUGCCCAAAUUCUGACCGUGGGGAUCCGGUAGCGUCCGCCUCCGGCAGGCAUUCGCACGACGAGUCCAACCUUGACACGCGUGUCAGGGCGGUGAUCACCUGGCAAAUUUCCCGCGUCUUGCCCGGGCGUGAUGGGGCUCCUUGCGGAGGGCUGGGGUCACCGAUUUCGCGUUCCGGGAGGCUCCAAAGCCUGCGGAUUCAAGGGAUAACAAAAAAGAGAAAGGCGGGAGCUGGGGGAGGAAAGGGAGAAAAGCCGCAAUGCCUGUUGCUUGGACGGGGAGCGUGGCGGAUUCUGAAGACGCCCCUUCCACCCAUUCGCCUUGUUUCUUCGCCCCUUGGGCUGCAGGUCUCCGGAGGACCGAGAAAACCGGUGGCUGGAGGCAAAAGGCGACAGCAGACUUCUGAUUUGGUGUCUUCAAAAUGUUAUGGUGCACUCAUCAUUCCUAGAGGCCCAGACUGAGAGGGCCAAUCUCUGAGUGUAUAAUGCAGAGGAUAUUCCAGAGGGGGAUUCUGGGCUCCCGCCUUCUCAGUGAUGACCUUCCUCCUUUGGGACAGCUUAUCCCUGCAUAUCUGGACCAUCCCCUCCUACCUGUAAAAACAUGGCUCUUCAGGAAGGCAUUUGGAGAUGAGUUGUUUGAGAUCUCCUUGCCAAUACCAUUUUUGUCCCAUUUGUCCACUGGUGGGAAAAAUGUUUAAAAAACUGGCCAAGCAGCUUACUCAAGAACUGGAUUCUGAUGGGAAACUGAUUCCUGUGAGCAGCCUGGCACAAAAUGAUGGCUUUCAACUUCUCUCUUUGGUGACUAAAAAGCCAUCUAGAUGGCCUUGGAACAGUACAAAGUAUUCCCCAUUCUCUUUCAAACUGACAGACAUACUUCAAGAAGAAGCAAUAAUGGAAAUAGAGCUGAAGCAUUCUGAGCCACUUUUGUUUUCUGCUAACACAUGUCACAAAUCUGGAGGACGGCUGAACUUUAAGAUACGGUCUACAGAAGUAGAUGUUGGUGGAUUGGCCUUAGCUUGCUUGAGUGCCUCUCCAAUACAUCUCCGAAAAACCUAUGUGGACCCAGGAGAGCUGUGGAAGAGAGAUCUCUCUCCCGGCAUUGUCCAGCAAAUCUACCCUAAACUUCAUUUGUACAUUGUGACAGAAGUUUUGGAGAUAAUGGAGCCCUUUGUCAUUGAUGAGACUGUCCAGGCAGGUGGGAAGGGGGAAGUUUCUGCCGUGAACAUUCUUAAAAUCCAGGGUCAACACAAGACAAUGAAAAAUAAGUCCAUGCUAAUUCCUUUUGGUACAGUGAUGGCGUAUGGAGUUGAGAAACUCCAAAUCUGUGAAGAAGACCCCGUUUAUCUCAACCAGAGGUUUGAAACAAUGUUGGGUCACUCACUCACUUAUGAUGCAUUUCAGAAUGAACUGGGAUCUUCACUCACAGCUGUCCAGCAAGUACAAGAUGCGGUUAAGCAAGCGUAUGAGCCACUGUUCUGCCAGACCCAGCCUUUGAAGAAGAAUCUUUUGGGAUCCUUUGAGAUAUUCCUGCAGAACAGAAAUGUUUCCACAGUACGGUCCAUGCUGGAGCUUUCCAUGGCAGGUGACAAUGCUGAUCGCUCCAUGUUGGAGUCAUUGAAUGAGGAAUUCCGAGUUCCAGUAGAAAUGCUGCUAUCCUACUUAGGGAUUUUCCAAGACACUAAAAGAGGAGAAAACCAAGAUCUCUGGGGACCAGUGCACUUCCUUUGCUCUUCUAUAGAUGAAUUAGACUAUGAGAUGAUGCCCGUCUUACAGAAAAUGUUGGAAAAGAAACAAUUGGCCAAACCAAUGGAGAUGGUGGAAUUCACUCUGGAAAGGAUUCUUUCUGGUGAAGAAGGUGGCACUUUCGCUCUUCCUUCCCUUUCCCUGAUGGAGGAGGAAGUUGAUCUCAAUCUCGAUAUGCUGCAGAUCUGUGGGCUGGAUUUAGAAGUUGGGGAAAAUUCCAUCACUUGCCAGUGGAAUAAUGAUGCCUGCUCAGAACUGGCUGCUCUAUAUUCCAGCUUGUAUGCCCUGCAGAUCCUAAGUGGAUGAAGGAGGAAUUCAAACAGAUUCUAAAAAGACGAUGUUUUUGUGGCUGCAAAAGAUCAGCUAGACUGUGAACUAAAACUAAUAUUUCAAAAAAGUUUUUAGCGGUUCGAAACUGUUGUUUCCCAUUUCCUUAUGGGAAAAUUAUGAGAAGUAAGAAAUUAUGGAUAUUAGCUGCUGAGCAGUUUCCCACCUGAUUGGCUACAAUUCUCAGUAACUUUCCUUCUCUAUAAAGUUUUAUUUUUACAAUCAUAUCAAAUAGUUCAUCCAAUGUACAGUUAUAUACAAUUAGUCGGGCUUGCCCAGUCACCACCCCCCUUUUUAACACUCUUCCCUCUUCUACCUUCUUCUACUUUCCAAACCUUCCUCUCCUUCUCUUAUCUACAUCCUCUCCUCCCUCCACCCUACACCUUCCUUCUCCCUCUUCUACCCCUCUUCCUUCCUCUUCUCCUCUUUCCUACCUCCUACUCUCUCUUUUCUCCCUCCCCACCGUUCUAAAAUGGUAACUGGGCAGACCCGACCCUGCAUUAAUUAUAUUUAUACAUCUUCAAUUAACCCUGUACAUUAACCAUCACUCCA